AUGGAAAAGGAAAUAAUUCUAGAAGAACUUCUUUUAAAGAAGUCACAACAGAAGAAAAAAAUAUCACCAAUUAAUUACAAGAAAAGGUUGUUUGUUCUGACAAAAGCAAACGUUUCUUAUUAUGAAUAUGACAAAGGGAAAAAAGGAAGCAAAAAGGGGUCAAUUGAGAUUGAGAAAAUCCGAUGUGUUGAGACAGUGAAUCUUGAGGAAUCAACACCUCCUGAGAGGCAAUAUCCUUUUCAGAUUGUGUACAAGGGUGGCAUUCUCUACAUCUAUGCCGCUAAUGAAGAGAGCCGGGAGCGGUGGCUUGCAGCUUUGCAUAAAGAAAUUAAAGACAAUUCUGAUUUACUAAACAAGUACCAUAAAGGAUUCUUCAUUGACGGGCAGUUUCUCUGUUGCAACCAGACCUGUAAAGCAGCCCCUGGAUGUACAAUCUGGGAGAAAUAUGUGACUCUGUGUUGCACAACUGGGUCUGUGAAACCACUGCCUCCAGUCCCUCAAACGCUGAGGAAACGUAGAAACCUGCUUCAGGUGCUAUCCCCAUCCAAGCCAGUCCUGAAAAUGGCUGUGGCCAAAUGCAACUAUGAACCCGAAGGAAAUUCAGCUAUCCAGCUUGUCAGAAGCAAUAAAUACUACAUAUUGCAAGAGGAAGAUUCUGACUGGUGGAAAGUAAGGGAUUUGGAUGGCGGAAACUCCAGUGUCAGUGAACAGACAUUGGCAGAAGAGCAGAGUAUUGCUAAGCAUGAUUGGUAUGCUGAUAGUAUCUCCCGUACCCAGUCUGAGCAGCUGCUCCGUCAGAAGGGUAAAGAAGGUGCUUUUAUGGUUCGGAAAUCUAGCCAAGCAGGAAUGUAUACUGUGUCUGUGUUCAGCAAGGUUCCUGAAAGUAAAAAAGGAACAGUCAAACAUUAUCAUGUGCACAAAAACCCUGAGAACAAGUAUUACCUCGCUGAAAAUUACUGUUUUGAAUCAAUUCCCGAGCUUAUACACUACCAUCAGCACAAUUCAGCCGGUAUGGUGACAAGGCUCCGGCAUGCAGUGUCUACACAAGUGAAUAAAGUCCCAUCCACAGCUUCAUUAGGAAAUGGAAUCUGGGAGCUGAAAAGAGAAGAAAUUGUCCUGUUGAGAGAGCUAGGGAGUGGUCAGUUUGGACUGGUGUAUCUGGGCAAGUGGAAAGGACAAUAUGAUGUGGCCAUAAAGAUGAUUAAAGAGGGAGCAAUGUCAGAAGAUGAAUUCAUAGAAGAAGCUCAGACCAUGAUGAAACUGAAUCAUCCCAAACUUGUUAGACUGUACGGUGUAUGCUCAAAAUCAUAUCCCAUCUAUCUAGUGACGGAAUACAUGCCUAAUGGCUGUUUGCUUAGCUAUUUAAGGAGUCACGGGAAGGAACUACAACCCCUUCAGCUUCUGGAAAUAUGUUAUGAUGUUUGUGAUGCUAUGGCAUUUCUGGAAAGCUGUCAAUUCAUACACAGAGAUUUGGCUGCUAGGAACUGUUUGGUUGACAGCAAUCUUACCGUGAAAGUAUCUGACUUUGGGAUGACUAGGUACGUUCUGGAUGACCUGUACAUAAGUUCACUAGGAACCAAGUUUCCAGUGAAGUGGUCAGCACCAGAAGUUUUUCAUUACACCAAAUACAGCAGCAAGUCAGAUGUAUGGGCCUUUGGUAUCUUAAUGUGGGAGGUGUUCACUUUGGGAAAGCAGCCCUAUGAGCUUUAUGAUAACAUGCAGGUGAUUGAGAAAAUUUCUCAAGGAUACAGACUUUAUAGACCGCAGCUGGUUUCAGACAUCAUCUACCAGAUAAUGUACAACUGCUGGCAUGAGCUACCAGAAAAGCGCCCUGCCUUUUAUCAGCUCUUAGCAUUUUUUGAGGCACUGAGAGAAGACAACAGAGCUUGA